GGGCAUAGUCACUUUUUCACGACUGAGGGAAACACAACGCCGGGAAGGGAAAAACCUAUCAAAACAACUGACAGUCUGGGUUUUAUGUUUCCCCAAGUGUCUGCGAAAUGUCUACGAAGGCAGAGCAGUUUGCCUCUAAGAUACGAUACUUGCAAGAGUAUCACAACCGUGUGCAACACAAUAUUUACCCAGUGCCCUCCGGAACAGACAUUGCAAACACACUGAAAUACUUUUCCCAAACCCUGCUCAGCAUUCUGUCCCGCACAGGCAGGAAGGAGAACCAGGAAGCUUCCAAUUUGGCCGUGCCCAUGACCAUGUGUCUUUUUCCUGUGCCAUUCCCACUCACCCCAUCUCUAAGACCACAAGUCAGUUCCAUCAACCCUACAGUUACUCGCUCCCUCCUUUACAGCGUUCUGCGCGAUGCCCCGUCAGACCGCGGGGGGCAGGGGCAGCAGAGUCGGGACGCUCAGCUCUCAGAGUACCCCUCUCUGGACUAUCAGGGCCUCUAUGUGACCCUCGUGACCCUGCUUGACCUCGUGCCCCUGCUGCAGCACGGUCAGCAUGACCUGGGACAAUAUUUUUAUACGACAACUUGCCUCCUGCCUUUUCUGAACGAUGAUAUUCUCAGCACUUUGCCCUAUACUAUGAUUUCCACUUUAGCCACAUUUCCCCCUUUCCUCCACAAAGACAUCAUUGAAUACCUGAGCACCUCUUUCCUUCCCAUGGCUAUAUUGGGGUCCAGUAGGAAGGAGGGGGGAGUCCCAGCCUAUGUCAAUUUGUCUGCCUCAUCUAUGCUCAUGAUUGCAAUGCAGUACACGUCAAAUCCAGUUUAUCACUGUCAGCUGCUGGAAUGUCUAAUGAAGUACAAACAGGAAGUGUGGAAGGAUCUGCUUUAUGUCAUAUCCUAUGGCCCAUCCCAAGUUAAACCUCCAGCUGUGCAGAUGCUGUUUCAUUACUGGCCGAACCUGAAGCCACCAGGAGCCAUCAGUGAAUACAGAGGACUGCAGUACACAGCCUGGAAUCCCAUCCACUGUCAACAUAUCGAAUGCCACAAUGCCAUCAAUAAACCUGCUGUUAAGAUGUGUAUAGAUCCUACUCUUUCUGUGGCCUUGGGAGACAAGCCCCCUCCUCUUUAUAUAUGUGAAGAGUGCAGCCAGAGGAUAGCAGGAGAUCACGCUGAAUGGCUUGUUGAUGUACUCCUGCCCCAAGCAGAGAUAUCUGCCAUUUGUCAAAAGAAGAACUGUAGCUCUCAUGUUAGAAGGGCUGUGGUCACCUGCUUUUCAGCCGGCUGCUGCGGGCGCCAUGGCAACCGGCCUGUCCGCUACUGCAAGCGUUGCCAUGUCAACCACCACAGCAGCGAGGUGGGGGCUGCGGCGGAGACCCAUCUGUACCAGACCUCGCCCCCUCCCAUCAACACCCGUGAGUGCGGAGCAGAGGAGCUAGUGUGCACCGUGGAAGCCGUUAUCAGCCUCCUAAAAGAGGCAGAAAUUCAUGCAGAGCAGCGUGAGUUUGAGUUGAAUCGGCGUCGUCAGAUGGGCCUGUCUGCCUCCCACCACUCUCUGGACAACAUUGAGUUUGAUAACAAAGAGGAUGACCAGCAUGACCAGCGCCUUCUAAGUCAGUUUGGCAUCUGGUUCCUGGUAAGUCUGUGCACACCCAAUGAGAACACGCCCACAGAGAGUCUGGCUCGGCUGGUCAGCAUGGUCUUCCAGUGGUUUCACUCCACCGCCUACAUGAUGGACGACGAAGUCGGAAGCCUAGUGGAGAAGUUGAAGCCCCAGUUUGUCACAAAGUGGCUAAAGACAGUGUGUGAAGUGCGCUUUGAUGUCAUGGUCAUGUGCCUGCUGCCCAAACCUGUAGAAUUUGCAAGGGUGGGCGGUUAUUGGGAUAAGUCAUGUAGCACAGUGACACAGCUGAAAGAGGGUCUGAACCGCAUCCUGUGUCUAAUACCUUACAACGUCAUUAGUCAGCCACUGUGGGAGUGCUUUAUGCCUGAGUGGCUGGAGGCCAUCCGUACUGAGGUGCCCGACAACCAGCUCAAAGAGUUCCGGGAAGUGCUCAGCAAGAUGUUUGAUAUUGAGCUGUGCCCACUUCCCUUCUCUAUGGAGGAAAUGUUUGGCUUCAUCAGCUGCAGAUUCUCUGGCUACCCCGCGUCUGUGCAAGAGCAGGCUCUGCUGUGGCUUCAUGUGCUGUCGGAGCUGGACAUCGUGGUGCCUCUUCAGCUGCUGAUUGGGAUGUUCUCCGAUGGAGUGAACUCUUUGAAGGAACUGGCCAAUCAGAGGAAGGCACGCGCGUCAGAUCUGACUGGCAACACUGGAGCUCGUAGGGUGAGUGUGGUGUCAGAUCCAGGACGUCGAGGCCAGCACAACACUCUCAGCCCUUUUCCCAGCCCCUUCCGGAGCCCCUUCCGCAGCCCUCUUCGCUGCAGCCCUUUUAAAAACCUGGGUCAUGCCGCUGGUCACUGCGCCCUGGACCUGGACUGUGAUGACGAUGACAUGAACCUUGGCUGUUUCAUUCUGAUGUUUGACCUCAUCUUAAAGCAGAUGGAGCUCCAGGAUGACGGUGUGAUGCUGGGUCUAGACAGCAGCCUGGGGAAGGAUAUCGUGGGCAUCAUCAACAAUGUCUUCCAGGCCCCGUGGGGUGGCUCACACACCUGCCAGAAGGAUGAGAAGGCCCUAGAGUGCAGCCUGUGCCAAUCCAGCAUCCUGUGUUACCAGCUGGGCUGUGAGCUCCUGGAGAGGCUGACCCCCCGGGAAGAGAUACGCCUGGUGGAGCCCACAGAUUGUUUGGAGGAAACCUUGCUUACCCCUCCACCAGAUUUCUCCAUCGGGGUGGAGAAUGAAAGCAAGGAAGGAGACAACCCGAGUGGCACGCACACCGACAACCCCAGCAGCCAAUCUCCUGAUCACGCAGCAAUGAAGAAUAACUCUGAUAAGAAGUUCUCCUACCAGCAGCUCCCUGUGUCUUUGAAGCUCAUAUACACCAUUCUGCAGGAAAUGUCAAAGUUUGAGGAGCCUGAUAUUUUGUUCAACAUGCUGAACUGCCUGAAGAUCCUGUGUCUUCACGGAGAGUGUUUAUACCUCGCCUGUAAGGAUCACCCGCAGUUUCUGGCUUACAUCCAGGAGAAGAUGCUCAUCCCUUGUCUGUGGUCGAUGCUGAAAUCAGAGUUUUGCCAGCUGGCUUCGUUGGCCGUGCCGCAGCUUCUCCACGCCCUGUCUUUGUCACACGGGGCAGACAUCUUUUGGAAUCUCAUCAACACAAACUUCAACAGCAAAGACUGGAAAAUACGAUUUGAAGCCGUCGAGAAGGUAGCAGUGCUGUGUCGUUUCCUGGACAUUGGUGCAGUGACAAAAAACCACCUACUGAAGUAUGCCUUGGCUCACGCUUUCUGUUGCUUCCUGGCCUCUGUGGAGGAUGUCAACCCUGCUGUGGCCACCAGGGCCAGGCUGCUACUGGACACAAUCAAGAGGCCAUCCCUUCAGGGCUUAUGCCUGUGUCUGGAUUUCCAAUUUGACACUGUGGUGAGAGAUCGUCCCAUUAUUCUCAGUAAACUCCUACUCCUGCACUUUCUGAAGAAAGAUAUCCCCGCGCUUAGUUGGGAGUUUUUCGUCAACCGUUUUGAAACAUUAUCUCUGGAGGCUCAGCUGCACCUGGACUGCAACAAAGAGUUUCCCUUCCCUACUACUAUUACAGCUGUACGAACCAAUGUAGCUAACCUCAGUGAUACAGCAAUGUGGAAGAUACGACGGGCCCGUUUCGCGAGGAAUCAGCAGAAGAGUGUGCGCUCCCUCCGUGACAGUGUAAAAGGAGGCACGGACGCCCAGUCUAAAAGAGCCUUUUCACUCCCUGAGUCACUGAGCAACCGACUACGCCAGACCCCUUCUCCCGAGGACGACACCAUCAUCAGAGACCUGCUCCCUGAGAACGCUGGCGUCGAUCACCAGACGGUUCACCAGCUGAUCAUGGUCCUCAUGAAAUUUAUGGCCAAAGACCAAAGCAGUGCUGAGGCAGAUAUUGGUAGUGCCAAGGCUUUCAACACAGUGAAGCGUCAUCUGUAUGUGCUGCUGGGGUAUGAUCAACAGGAAGGCUGUUUCAUGAUUGCACCUCAGAAGAUGCGCACCUCCACCUGCUUCAACGCCUUCAUCGCUGGCAUUGCACAAGUACUGGACUACAAUAUCGGUUUGGGAAAGCAGCUGCUCCCUCUUGUGGUCCAGGUGUUGAAGUACUGCACAUGUCCCCAGCUGAGGCACUAUUUUCAGCAGCCUCCUCGUUGCUCCCUGUGGGCCCUUAAACCACACAUUCGGCAGAUGUGGCUCAAAGCACUUCUUGUUAUCCUUUACAAGUACCCUUACAGAGAUAUGGAUGGCAGUAAAGUAGUCCUCCAUUUGAUCCACAUCACCAUCAACACACUGAAUGCACAGUAUCACAGCUGUCGCCCCCAUGCUACAGCAGGACCACUCUACAGUGACAACUCCAACAUAAGCCGCUAUAGCGAGAAAGAAAAAGAAGAGGACAGUGUAUUUGAUGAGUCAGACGUCCAUGACACGCCGACUGGUGCUGCUAACAAGGAGUCACAGACCUUCUUUGCUCGCCUGAAGAGAAUUGGUGGCAGCAAGUCUGUGAAAUACCAGCCGGUAGAGCUGAAUGCCAAGAGAAGUGAAAUUGAGCUGUCAGAGUACCGUGAAGCUAGCGCCCUUCAGGAUAGCAUCCUGCACUGUGUGCGGGAGGAGAGCACCAGGAGAAAGAGGCUACAGGCAAUCCACAAGCAGAAGUCUUUGGAUAUUUCCAACACGGAUUCCAUUCUAUUCAGUUUGGACGAACAUCGGCGCAAGUCCUGCAUUGAUCGUUGCGACAUGCAGGUGCCCCCUGUAGUCCUGCCCCCAUCCUCUACUACUCCCCACAACAGGUAUCAUGGGAUAGGAUCCUCUGAUGGCUCUUCAGUUCGGGUUGAUCCCGUGGACCGACGGGGCUCUCGAGGUGGCCAGUCUGACAUCUCCAAGCCCGUCAUACCAGAGGUCCGGCUCAGCUGCAUGGAGACUUUUGAUGACAAAACAGAUCAGGACUCUUUAGAGGGAUCAGCUCAGGGAAAGGACGAUCAAGACCUGAUUGACCUCUCCUCUGACUGCACCUCAAUUCCAGAAAAGCAUUCGCUGCUCUCCAUGUCUGACAGCGACUCCUUGGUCUUUGAACCGCUACCACCUCUGAGGAUUGUGGAAAGUGAUGAGGAGUUUGAUCUUAACACCAUCAUAGGCUCCAAGUUUAGUGGGAGUCCAAAAGUCUCAGCUUCUCCUGCAAGCAGCAACACUUUGCGACUGUCCCCCGUUGUUCAGGUGAGUGUGGAGGAUUGCUCCACUGACAAAAAGACCCCAGAGCUUGUGGUGGGAGAGAGGUGCUCACAGCAGAAAUUUGAAGGAAAGGAGCCUAUCCGUGUGCCUCGCAGCACCUCUCUGGAGCUCCCUGACCGAUCAGAGAACAUCUCCCAUGAAAGCCCCAUGACCUUAAAGCAGAAGAGAGACCUGCUGAGAAAGUCCCCACAUGUCCCUGUCACCUCGCUAGAUGACACAUGUGCGACCCCGGAAGAAAUCAGGACUCUUAUAGGACCCAGCACCAGUCCCUCUGGCAGGACUAUCUUCCUUGACAUCCCCGAAGACAAAGCGGAGCCGCCUUCCUCACCAGAGAAGAGCAAGAGCAACAGCAAUGACGAAGAAGAAGGGGAUGGAGACGAUGAAGAGGAGGACGAUAUGGGCGACGAAGCAGACAGCGACCCCAAACCUGACAACGCAGAUGAGAACGAUGAAGCUGAGUUUAAAAUCCAGAUUGUUCCCCGACAGCGUAAACAGAGGAAGAUAGCUGUGAGCGCCAUCCAGAGGGAAUACCUGGACAUCUCGUUCAACACGUUCGACAAGCUGGGUGCUGAACAGACCGCAGAAACAGAUCACAAAGUUAUGUCUACCCUGGAAAAGCCACGAGAAUCUGCCUCAGCACCAACACUCGAAGCUGCUAUACCUGAAACAAGUCAUCGCUCUUCAGUGUCAACUCAGUACCGGCAGGUGAAACGAGGCUCUCUGGGAGCUUUAACCAUGAGCCAGCUUAUGAAGAGACAGCUGGAGCAUCAGUCCAGCGCACCACACAACAUCUGCACCUGGGAGACGGGUCCUACGAAGACCAGUCUCCUCUCAGCACCGAGCACAGUCAGCAUGUUCGUCCCUGCACCCGAGGAGUUCAUUGACGAGCAGCCUACCACGAUGUCUGACCGGUGUCGGGACUGUGCAGCUGUUCUGGAAGAAUAUGAUGAGGAGACUCUCAGCCUCGCUGUGGUGGUUCUUUCCAUGUUCAUUCACCUCAGCCCGGAUUUGGCUGCCCCUAUGCUUCUUGACAUCAUGCAGUCUGUGGGCAGGUUGGCAUCCAGUGGUAAUUUUUCUGGACAAGCUGAGAGUAUGUUGAUCCCAGGGAAUGUAGCAGGUGUAGCCAAGCAGUUCCUGCGCUGUAUGUUUCACCAGCUGGCUCCUAACGGCAUCUUGCCCCAGCUCUUCCAGAGCAACAUAAAAGAUGGAAGUUUUCUGAGAACACUUGCAUCCUCGCUGAUAGAUUUCAAUGAGCUCAGUUCUGUUGCUGCUCUCAACAUGCUCCUCGAGGGCUUGAACAACAAAAAGAAUCUUCCAGCAGGGGGCACAAUGCUGCACUGCCUGGACAACAUUGCCACCUUCAUGGAGGCACUCCCCAUGGACUCUCCCAGCAACCUGUGGACAACCAUCUGCAACCAGUUCCAGACCUUCCUCACAAAACUGCCCUCUGUGCUUCCUCUGAAGUGUCCUAUGGAUUCCAGUUUAAGGAUUAUCAUUUGCCUGCUGAAAAUCCCAACAACAAAUGCAACUCGGAGUCUCCUGGAGCCCUUUUCCAAGCUGCUGAGCUUCGUCAUCCAGUAUGGAACAUUCGGUCUCUCCUACCUUGUGGAGCUCUGUGGACUUUGUUACAAAGCCUUCAAUAAGGAGAGAGAUAAGUUCUACAUGUCCCGCAUUGUGGUGUUAGAGCUCCUGCAGGCUCUCAAGUUCAAGUCUCCUCUGCCUGACACAAACUUGUUACUUCUGGUUCAGUUUGUUUGUGCAGAUAUCGGCACACGGCUAGCGGAAUCCACCAUCAUCCAAAAGCACAUGAUCUCAACGCUGCCGGGGUGCACGACGGCAGCAAUGGAAUGCAUGCGGCAAUAUAUAAGUGAGCUCUUGGACUUUAUUGCAGAUAUGCACACACUAACCAAACUUAAAAGCCAUAUGAAGGCUUGUUGUCAGCCACUGCACGAGGACACCUUUGGGGGCAACCUGAAAGUGGGCUUGGCACAAGUCGCAGCCAUGGAGAUCAGCAAAGGCAAUCACCGCGAUAACAAAGCUGUUGUGCGUUAUCUUCCCUGGCUUUAUCAUCCGCCAUCCACCAUGCAACAAGGGCCAAAAGAAUUCAUUGAGUGCGUGUCCCACAUUCGUCAGCUGUCCUGGCUUCUUUUGGGCUCCCUGACGCACUGUGCCCUGCACCAGGGCUCCACCUCCUGCAUGCCCAUCCCUCUCGACGCUGGCUCCCACAUUGCAGACCAUCUUAUCGUCAUCCUGAUUGGCUUCCCAGAACAGUCGAAGACGUCGGUGCUGCACAUGUGCUCCCUGUUCCACGCCUUCAUGUUCGCCCAGCUGUGGACCAUCUACUGCGAGCAGGCAGCCGCCGCUCCCUCCCUGCAGAACCAGAACCAGACAGAGUUUUCUUCCAGCGCCAUCCUCACGGGCCUCGAGUUCUGGAGUCGGGUUACACCCAGCAUCCUGCAGCUUAUGGCCCACAAUAAAGUUAUGGUAGAGAUGGUGUGUCUUCAUGUCAUUAGUUUAAUGGAGGCCCUGCAGGAAUGCAACUCAACCAUCUUUGUCAAGUUAAUUCCUAUGUGGCUACCCAUGAUUCAGUCAAAUCUUAAGCAUCUGUCUGCAGGGCUGCAGUUGCGUCUUCAGGCCAUCCAGAAUAGGGUGAACCACCAGUGUCUGCAGGGCCAGAUGUCCGGAGCCCCUCCGUUCGCCCUGCGCAAAUGGCUGCAGUGCACCCAGUUCAAGAUGGCUCAGGUGGAGAUCCAGUCGUCUGAGGCUGCUUCACAGUUUUACCCCAUGUGACCUGUUCUGUGGUCAGCUCUGCCUCACCUGGGUCCCUAGGCCUGCAUGCAUCUGCUCUGGCUGAAAGUGACUUUAAAAAAAAAAAAAGGACUCUUAUAUAAAGUGAUGCUGUGUGGGAUUCGUUUGAAAUGAAUCAUUUUUCAGAACCUUUAGUAUAUGUACAGUAAAUCUAUGCUAUUUUAAAGUACUAACACUGGAGUUGGACUGUAUAGAAGAACUGUGUUCGGUGCCCAAUCUGUUGCAUUUAACAGAAUUGAAGAGUCAGACGACUGUAGAGGAUUUCCACAGACCCAUGUUAGUAAUAGCAAGGGCCUGAAACCAAAUGCUUGUUUAAUCAUAGAUAUGUUCACUCUGACAUUCAUAACCUAUCACUUUUUAAGUUGCUUGGUUGCAAGCCGAAUAAUAAAAGUACAAGUUUUUCUAAACAUCGA